GCGCGUCUCCGCGGGCGGCGCUUCCCGCGGCGCGGCGUGUGCAUCGAGCGAGUGAAGGUAUGUGUGGCGGGUGCGGCUGGAGCUGCCGCCACCGCCGCACUAGCAGGUCCUAAUGCCUGUCACUUCCCAGGACGCUGGCAGCGGCAGCCCGGAGCCCCUGAGCCCUCGGCAGGUUCGCCUGUCCUUCCCAGCGAUCUGAUUGGAUAAAGUGGGGGCUCGACGGUGGCCGACGUGGGACAGUCUGGCUGUGGCAGGGGUCUCGGAAACCAUGGGUUAUUGCAGUGGCAGGUGCACGCUUAUCUUUAUCUGUGGCAUGCAACUGGUUUGUGUGCUGGAGAGGCAAAUAUUUGACUUCCUUGGAUAUCAGUGGGCACCUAUCCUGGCAAAUUUUGUACAUAUUAUUAUCGUCAUUCUUGGAUUAUUUGGAACUAUUCAAUAUAGACCUCGUUACAUAACAGGAUAUGCUGUCUGGCUCGUCCUCUGGGUUACAUGGAAUGUGUUUGUUAUCUGCUUCUAUUUGGAGGCUGGGGACCUCUCAAAGCUGGCAGGGUUCAUCUACGCCUGUUAUGUUGUGAAAUGUAUAACUGAAGAAGAGGACAGCUUUGAUUUCAUAGGUGGCUUUGACUCUUAUGGUUAUCAAGGGCCACAGAAGACAUCUCAUUUGCAACUACAGCCUAUGUACAUGUCAAAAUAAUCAAGAUGACUUCAGCAUGUCAGCUCAUGGACUUUAAAAGGAACUUGUUUUGCAGCGGUCUCCUGCAUUUUAUAAAGAGCAAGAAGCAACUGAGUUUAAAUAUAUAUACACAUUAACAAAGCAAGCAAACAGGCUACACACACACACACACACACACACACACACACACGCAAGCAACAAACACAUAAUUCUACUUGGCCUCCUCUUUCUAACUGAAAUAGAUAUGCAGGACACGCCCAUCUUGGAUUUCCUCAAAGCAGGAUUCUUUCUCCCAAGCCUUUGGAAAGUUCAAAAGGAAACAUAUUGGUGCCCUCUGCUGGCCGUUACUAACUCUUCUGCAGCCCAGUCAACCUCUGUGAGCUACGGAGUCAUCCAGGGCCAAUUAGUAUGAGAGUCCUGUCUUCUGCACUCCAUACGUCUUUAUAGCACCAAGGCUACUUAGGCAAUGUAGUUGCAAAAACAUACAAAAUAUGCCAUGAUGAUCUUGUAACCGAAGUCUGAAAUGGCAGGUUGUUGACCCUAAAGGCUGUACCGUACAUACUUGCCUUAACCCACCUAAAUUGUGCGCCAGAGAAUCUCAGUGCAGACAUCCCCAAGUCACUUCCUUUAGGCUAACACACUUUAAUUCCAAAAGAGUUUGGAUCUGUGUGCUUCAUGUCAAGGACCAAGACUGCAUAGCUCAGCAUAUCCAGUGUGUCUAUGUAAGAAAACUGCCAGCUGUCAGCAAAGUGCUUUACCAUUGAGCCUCCGUGGUGGCCAAAAUGGAGACUAUUACAACAACAACAAUAAUUGUCAUCUUUAUAAUUCUUAAAUACGGUCUUCUGAUGGGGUUGGAAUAGAAGAAAGUAAAAUCUACUAAUCUACUAAACUCAUUAAUCUGGUGGAAGCAGAAAGCAGAAAUGAUUUAACUCACUGAUUUUAUUUAUUGCACUCUAGGUGCUUUUGUAAGUAUCUACAAAUACGUCUUUUACUGACACAGAAACCCUUGUGGAUUUCUAUGAACGGAGGCCAACUAAAUAUGUAUUAGCUAUGUUUACUCUUUUAUAUCUAAUUCAAAUUGAAGACUAUGUAGGUGAACUUUUUUUUCUAACUUUCAGCGUAUGAGAUUAUUUUUUGGGUGGGGGUGGGGGGGAGCAGUAGUUACCUUGGUGAAAUAUUUGAGAUCUCUUUGUGGUAUUUGGGGGAUCUGUCGUGUGUUAGAGUGUAUUUUAAUCCUCCUGUAUUAUUGUGGCAGAAAAACUGUGCUGUUAACGUAGUUGGCAACAAGAUGCCUUUGGAAACUUAAUAGUAGGUCAAUGUGUUUAUGGAAUAUUCUGAACUCCUAGGAAACUUUGUUCUAUAUUUUCAAGCAUUAUUUGGUUUUCAUUAGCAGGAAGCAUAAUUAGCUCAGGCUUAUCAGGAACUCAGAUGAGUCUUCUGUCUUGGAACACCUAAGACAUUUUAAAUCAAUCCUUUAAAACAAAACAAAAAGCAAACAUGCCAUUCUUAAAUACAAUGAAAUACAGACUUGGAAAGUUACAAAUUGGCAUGGAGCAGCAUUUUUCUUUGUUUUCUGUGCAGUCCGUUAUUUGGUUAACCUACUUUGAAAUUUUCCCUAUCCAGAUCUACAUAAACCAGUCCCAUUACUGUGUUUGCAUGGAUGUCUGUGAUAUACACACACAUACACAUCUGACAAUUAUAAAGGGAGACAAAGUGACUACAAGUGAAUAAACUGCAAAAAAGGUUCCAGCACUCAUGCUUGAAUCUUCUCAGUGGCUUGUAUAUGUUUGUCCAUACAUACAUGUAUAAAAAACACAGUUGCAAACAUGUCAGUGAAACCUCAAACAAUGACCUUAGAGUACCAUGCAUGUUUAAUGUGUGAGAAAAUAUUUACCAAUGUAUUGUCCUUUGACGCCUAAAAUACUAUACAUGUCAGAAACUACUUUAUAUGUAACUAGUAUAACGAGGUUUCAUUGAACAUCCAUGCUGUGAUGAGAUUCCACCUUAUACUACAUGUAUAUGGAUUCGGAUUUCAGUGCAGAAAAUAAGCCCUCAUAUUCUUGGUUUAAGUUGCAGCCAAGUUACCACCAAAUCACUACUAUCAUCACCACCAAAAUUUUCAAAACAGUUGUUGACUACUAAAAAGUAAUCAGUGGACAGGUCUUUUUUGGGAGCAGUAAGCACAGUAGUGUGAUUCUAUCUGGAAAAAAAAAAACAUCUAAGUUGUACAGCUGUAUCCUCCUCAAAAUCCAGUGAAGAAUGCUAUUUUUCUAGGCUGAGCUUUUGUUAUAAACAAAUAUUCAGAAGGCAAAAGUUAUAAUCCUGAUGUGUCUUUUUUUUUGCAUUUGUUAAUUCUGAAUGUAUUUUUAACAGAGUGAUUUUUUGACUUAUUAGUGUAAUUUGCAUUUAAAAAAUAAAUGGAAAAACAAUUA